AUGGCGGCCCUUCCGAUCAGAUUCGAGGAGCUCGUUCAGCUCAAGAGCGUCGGCGUGGAGGACUCGUCCAUCACUUUCAACUCCUGCACACUCGAAUCAGAUGCCUAUGUUUGUAUCCGAGAACAGAAGGGUGACGCCUCGCCCGAGGUCGUCAUCGUCGACCUCAAGAAUGGCAACAACGUCACCCGCCGCCCCAUCAAGGCCGACAGUGCCAUCAUGCACUGGUCACGACAAGUCAUCGCCCUGAAAGCGCAAUCCAGAACUCUCCAGAUCUUCGAUCUCGAGCAGAAGCAGAAGCUCAAAUCGGCCACGAUGAACGAGGACGUCCAGUACUGGAAGUGGGUCACCGAGACCACGCUCGGCCUUGUCACCGAGUCGUCAGUGUUCCACUGGGACGUUUACGACCCGAGCCAGGCCGCCCCCGUCAAGAUCUUUGAGCGCAAUGCCAACCUCAGUGGAUGCCAAAUCAUCAAUUACCGCACAAAUGUCGAUAACAAAUGGAUGGUCGUCGUCGGUAUCGCCCAGCGCGAGGGACGCAUCGUCGGUGCCAUGCAACUCUACUCCAAAGACCGUGGUAUCAGCCAAGCCAUCGAGGGUCACGCUGCUGCCUUCGGCACCAUCCGGUUGGAGGGUGCCCCAGCAGACACAAAGCUCUUCACAUUCUCCGUCAGGACGGCAACCGGCGCGAAGCUUCACGUUGUCGAAGUUGACCACGCCGAGUCGAACCCUGUCUUCCAGAAGAAGGCGGUCGAUGUGUACUUCCCACCUGAGGCGACCAACGAUUUCCCCGUCGCUAUGCAGGUCUCGCAGAAAUACGGCGUCAUUUUCAUGGUUACCAAGUACGGCUUCAUCCACGUCUACGAUCUCGAGAGCGGCUCUUGCAUCUUCAUGAACCGUAUUUCAAGCGAUACCAUCUUCACUACCUGCCCUGACAGGGACUCCUCCGGCAUCGUCGGGAUCAACCGCAAGGGUCAGGUACUCUUCGUGACGAUUGACGACAGCAACAUCAUCUCGUAUCUUCUCCAGAACCCUGCCAACACGGAAAUGGCGAUCAAGAUGGCAUCGCGUGCUGGUUUGCCCGGCGCCGACGACCUCUACAAGCGCCAAUUCGAGCAGCUUUUCAACAACGGUAGCUACAUGGAAGCCGCCAAGGUCGCUGCCAACUCGCCCCGCGGCUUUCUUCGAUCCGCCGAGACCAUCGAGAAGUUCAAGCGCCUGCCCCAGCAGCCUGGUUCAAUGUCCUUCAUUCUACAAUACUUUGGCAUGCUCCUCGACAAGGGCGCCCUCAACGAGCACGAAACUCUUGAGCUGGCGCAGCCCGUGCUUGCCCAGAACAGGAUGAACCUGCUGGAGAAGUGGAUGAAGGAGGGCAAGCUGCACAGCUCCGAGCGCCUCGGUGAUCUCAUCCGCCCCCACGAUAUCAACACGGCUUUGGCGGUGUACCUGAAGGCCAACGUACCCCAAAAGGUUGUCGCUGGCUUCGCCGAAACGGGCCAGUUCGACAAGAUCCUGCCGUACUCGCAACAGGCUGGCUACUCACCAGAUUACGUGCAGUUGCUGCAGCACAUUGUUCGCAUCAACCCCGAGAAGGGCGCCGAGUUUGCCACCUCUCUCGCCAACCACGAGGGCGGCUCUCUUGUAGACAUUGCGCGGGUGGUGGACAUCUUCCAGUCCCAGGGCAUGAUCCAGCAAGCUACUGCCUUCCUCUUGGAUGCUUUGAAGGAGAACAGCCCGGAGCAGGGCCAGCUGCAGACUCGUCUUCUUGAGAUGAACCUGAUGAACGCCCCUCAAGUCGCCGAUGCCAUUCUUGGUAAUGAGAUGUUCUCCCACUUCGACAAGCCGCGCAUCGCCUCCCUUUGUGAGCAGGCCGGCCUUUCGCAGAAGGCUUUGGAGCUCUACGAAGACCCCGAAGCCAUCAAGCGCGUCGUUGUCAACAUCGCAGGCACACCCAACUUCAAUCAGGAUUGGCUGAAUGGCUUCUUCGGCAAGCUCUCCGUGGAACAGUCGCUCGACUGCCUGGAUGCCAUGAUGAAGCACAACAUUCGCCAGAACCUGCAGGCCGUGGUGACGAUUGCCACCAAGUACAGCGACCUCCUGGGACCUGUUCAACUGGUUGAUCUCUUUGAGAAGUAUAAGACGGCCGAGGGUCUCUUCUAUUACCUUGGUAGCGUUGUCAACCUCUCUGAGGAGCCUGAUGUUAUCUUCAAGUACAUCGAGUCCGCCACCAAGAUGGGCCAGUUCAAUGAGGUGGAGCGCAUUUGCCGCGACAACAACUUCUACAACGCCGAGAAGGUCAAGAACUUCCUCAAGGAGGCCAAGCUCCAGGAGCAGCUGCCUCUUAUCAUCGUCUGCGACCGUUUCAACUUUGUCCACGAUCUCGUUCUCUACCUGUACCAGAACCAGCAGUUCCAGUCCAUUGAGACAUAUGUCCAGCGUGUCAAUCCUUCGAGGACCCCUGCCGUCAUCGGUGGUCUCCUUGACGUUGACUGCGACGAGGGCAUCAUCAAGAACCUGCUGUCAACCGUCAACCCGCAGUCGAUUCCCAUCGACGACUUGGUGCAGGAGGUCGAGUCGCGCAACCGCCUCAAGCUUCUCCUGCCCUUCCUCGAGCAAAUGCUCUCUGCCGGUAUGGAGCAGCAAGCCGUUUACAACGCGCUGGCCAAGAUCUACAUUGACUCCAACAACAACCCCGAGAAGUUCCUCAAGGAGAACGACAAGUAUGAUUCCCUGAGUGUCGGCAAGUACUGUGAGAAACGCGACCCCAACCUCGCCUACAUUGCCUACUCCAAGGGUCAGAACGACCUUGAGCUCGUCAACAUCACCAAUGAGAACUCCAUGUACCGUGCUCAGGCCCGCUACCUGUUGGAGAGGUCUGACCGUGAGCUUUGGGACUUUGUCCUCAGCGAGAACAACAUUCACCGCCGCUCCGUGAUUGACCAGGUUACCUCGACGGCUGUACCCGAAUCGACGGAUCCCAGCAAGGUUUCUGUGGCUGUUGCCGCCCUGCUUGGCAAUGAUCUCCCCCUUGAGCUCAUCGAGCUUCUUGAGAAAAUUGUUCUCGAGCCUUCCCCCUUCAGCGACAACCAGAACCUGCAGAACCUUCUUCUGUUCACGGCUGCCAAGGCCGACAAGAGCAAGGUCAUGGACUACAUUCACAAGCUGGAUGGCUACAGCGCGCCCGACAUCGCCAACGCCUGUAUUGAGGUCGGAUUGCACGAGGAGGCCUUCGAGAUCUACAAGAAGACUGGCGAUAAGGGAUCAGCUGUCAAUGUUCUCGUUGAUCACGUCGUUAGCAUCGACCGGGCUCAGGCCUUUGCCGAGGAAGUUGACCAGCCGGAGGUCUGGUCCAAGGUUGCUAAGGCUCAGCUUGACGGUGUCCGUGUCAGCGAUGCCAUUGAGUCGUACAUCAAGGCCGAUGACCCCAGGAACUACGAGGAGGUCAUUGAGACUGCUGUGCACGCUGGAAAGAACGAGGAGCUUGUUAAGUACCUCCGCAUGGCGCGUAAGACCCUGCGCGAGCCUCCUAUUGAUACGGCCCUUGCUUUCUGCUACGCUCGCCUAGAUCAGCUCAGCGAGCUAGAGGACUUCCUCCGCGGCACUAAUGUGGCUAAUAUUGAGGAGUCUGGAGACAAGGCCUAUGAAGAGGGUUUCUUCGAAGCUGCUAAGAUCUUCUUCACUAGCAUCUCGAACUGGGCUAAGCUCGCUACCACGCUAGUACACGAGGCCUGCGUGGAAAAGAAGGAGUUCCGUCUCGCCCAGAUCUGCGGUCUCAACCUGAUUGUCGAUGCUGAGCAGCUCACAACCCUCGUAAAGCAGUACGAGCGCAAUGGGUACUUUGAUGAGCUUAUUAGCUUGUUAGAGCAGGGUCUUGGCCUCGAGCGCGCUCAUAUGGGUAUGUUCACCGAGCUUGGCAUUGCGUUGUCCCGCUACCACCCUGAGCGCCUCAUGGAGCACCUCAAGCUCUUCUGGAGCCGUGUCAACAUGCCCAAGUUGAUCCGUGCGUGCGAGGAGGCAACCCUCUGGCCCGAGCUCGUCUUCUGCUACUACCACUACGAUGAGUACGACAACGCGGCACUUGCCGUUAUUGAGAGGCCCGAGAACUCGUGGGAGCACCACCAGUUCAAGGAGAUCAUUGUCAAGGUGGCCAACCUGGAGAUCUACUACCGCGCCAUCAAGUUCUACAUUGAGCAGCACCCGUCGCUCCUCACCGAUCUCCUCCAGGUUCUCACUCCUCGUAUUGAUGUCAACCGUGUUGUCAAGCUGUUCGAGAAGAACGACGACCUGCCUCUGAUCAAGCCUUUCCUUCUCAACGUUCAGACUCAGAACAAGCGCACCGUCAACAACGCCAUCAACGACCUGUUGAUCGAGGAGGAGGACUACAAGACCCUCCGCGAUUCUGUUGAGAACUACGACAACUACGAUCCUGUCGAUCUUGCCGCCCGCCUCGAGAAGCACGACUUGAUCUUCUUCCGCCAGAUUGCUGCUAACAUCUACCGCAAGAACAAGAGGUGGGAGAAGUCGAUCGCGCUGUCCAAGCAAGACAAGCUGUACAAGGACGCCAUCGAGACGGCCGCCAUCUCUAGCAAAACCGACAUUGUGGAGGAUCUGCUGCGUUACUUCGUCGACAUUGGUAGCCGCGAGUGCUACGUCGGCAUGCUGUACUCUUGCUACGACCUCAUCCGCCCUGACCUCGUGCUUGAGAUCUCUUGGCGCCACGGCCUCAACGACUUCACCAUGCCGUACAUGAUCAACAUGCUGUGCCAGCAGACCAAGGAGCUGGCAACGCUGAAGGCGGACAACGAGGCCCGCAAGGCCAAGGACAAGGAGCAGGAGAAGGACGACACGAACACGCCCAUUCUCGGCGGCAACCGCCUUAUGAUUACUGCCGGUCCCGGCGGCAGCCAGUCGCCCGCGCCUUACGGCCAGACCAAUGGCUUCGCCCCUCAAGCGACUGGCUACGGCUUCUAG